CAAAGGAAGGUAACAGGUUGCUCCCGACGCCGCACAAUGAACUUCUUUCAACAUCCAUUUGCGGUUCUUUCCUGCGUGUUUUCGGAUAAAGGGCGUGAAAAUACACCAAACCAUCUCGAAAAGCAACAGCGCCGUCGACGCGGACGAGCAGGGAACGUGGGAAGAGUACGAGUGUUGACAUGAUGAACACAUCAUCCUCCGGCCGCAGGACUCCGGUGGACCACGGCGUCCAGAUCCGCUUCAUCAAUGACUUGCGUGACUCCCGAGGGCAACCGGGGUCUCAACCCAAGCCCAAGUCUCAGAGCUCCUCCAAGUACGGCGUGGCGGUGCGGGUGCAGGGCAUCGCCGGGCAGCCGUACGUGGUCCUGAAAGACGGCAAGAAGGGCGACUCGUACGGGGUUCAGCUCAGGACUCAGGACAAUUCGGGCUACAGUAGCCUCCCUCGCAGGAAGGAGAGGGGCGAGCUCGCCGCGCAGGAGGUGGAUGAUGGAGGGGGGCUCCGCCGGGCCCAAUCUCACGGAUCGCUCCUGGGCAGAGACGGGGAGGGAGGGGCCGGCCAUCAGGAGUUUCAGCUGUCUAGACCUCCAGGGGAUGGCAAAUCCGGCAGCUAUGGCAACCUGGACAGUGGGCUGGGGGUUCGAGGAGAAAGAGAAGCGGCCCACCAUACGUGGGAGGGUUCACGAGUGAACGGCUCAGUGGGGUCACAGAGCGAGAGACGGAACUUCUCCAGCCCGCCUCGGCAGGCACCCGCCGCCAACAGGUUUGACCACGGCAGGGGCGGACGUCAGCAGAUGGCUUCGUCGCCUUCCCGGGAUUCCCGCGCCGCCGUUAACCACUACGCCUCGAAUCAAGGCAGCCCGGGACGCGGCCAGAACGCUCCCGCUCACUCGCCUCAUCAUCAGCAGCCGUCGGCAGGCAGAUAUGUUGCCGUGGAGACGGAGCCACGAGUUACCCCUGACCUUUUGCUGGACCAGAGUGCUGAGAUGAGCAGAGAGGAGGAACGGAUCAUGCAGACUAUUUAUAGCAUCCUCAGAGACGGGACCAACGAGAGUGACGUUACCAUCAAGCACAAAGUCAAGAUCAUCUGUCAGAGGAUUCAGAACCUUCGGCAUAAAGACGCGUCCUUGGACUCGAUGAGAGAAAAGAGAGAGCUGGAGCGGAAGGUGGCGGAGCUGCAGAGUGCCCUGCAAGAGGAGCGAAGGGGAUCCCUUGGUCGAUCCGAUAAAGCUUUGAAAGAUGAGCUGGACUCCUGCUUGGAUGCAAAUCUGCAACUGGAGGAAACGCUGGCCCGGAAGAAGAAAGAACUCCAUGAAACACAGUCUGAAUUGACGCAGCUACGAAUAGAACGAGAGAACGCCGAAGCUCGCUCCAGAACGAUGGAGGACCAGCUAUCCGAACUCCAAGAUGAACUGAGAAGAGAAAACGUCAACAGAACAGACGUGACCACAAUGGAAGCGGAGAUGCUGGAGGUGUGUCACCUGAAGCAGAAGCUGGAGGAGACGCUACGGCAGCGCGAGAGGGAGCUGACGGCGCUGAAGGGAGCCCUGAAGGCCGAGGUGGCCACGCACGACAAGGAGAUCGAAGCGCUCCGAGAGCAGUACAACGCCGACGUGGAGAAACUGAGGAGCAGCAUGGAGCAGGUGUCGCAGUCUCACGCCGGGAUCGAGGCCGAGCGCUUGCGUAUCAAUUCGUCGGUUCGUACGCUGCAGCAGCAGUUGGAGGACUGCAGGGACGAAAGCAGCCACUGGAUGGAGCAGUUUCACAACACUAGGGAUGAACUGCGCUCCACAAAACAAGAACUUCUUCAAACCCGACUGGAGAAAGAGGAGAGUGAGGAGGAGCUGAAGGAACUCCAGGACAAAGUCAACGCUAUGAAACAGAAGAUGCCGGACCGCAACCAAACGCAGACCCUCAACCAGGAGCUUGAGCGGCGCAGCGCUGAUCUGCAAAAGGCAAAGUCCGACUUGGAGAAGCAGAAGACGGAAUCCGACAAGAAGGUGAUGGAGAUGAUCGCCGUCAAAAAAGCUCACCAGGAGCAAGAGGCAGAACUCAAAUACGAGAUUGACCGGCUGAAGAACCAGUUGCAGAGGGCCAAGGAUGACUAUGCCAAGGCUCAGGAGAAAAACAAAAAGCUGCCAGACCCGACCACUAUCUCAGAACUGGAGCAGAAGCUCAGUGAAACGCAAACUGAAGCCAGCCAGCUCAAGGAAAAACUCUCAUCGGCCGAGGACCAACUGGAGGCCAGUAAAGCCCGCCUAAGCAGAUCUCAGGCGGACCUGAAGUCUCUAGAAGAUGCCCAGAAGGAGCAGACCGAGUCCCAAACACGUCUCAAAGAAAAAGUGUCUCGGUUAGAGGCUCAACUCCUGACGAGCAAUGCGCAGAGCUCGGAGGCCGAGCUGGCCCUCCACAACGAGGUGAGGGGCCUGAGAACCGAGCUGGAUGAGGCCAAGCGAAAAGCCUCCCGCCUGACACAGGAGCACCGGGAGCUCAGCCAGCGUGCGGACGAUGCUGAGAAAGAGAAGGAGGCUCUCAAGCAGAACGUCAGCCACAUAGAGGAGAUCAGACAGCAGCAGGCCAGAGCGCUGGAGAAAAUCAACAAAGAGUUCGAGUCUCUCACCGUGUCGUCGCGAGGCGAAGUGCAGAGUCUCAAGGUUCAACUGGAGGAGCAACGAGAGCGUGCCCGCAAGGAAAUGCACGAGGUGCAACGUCACGGCAGCGACGCUCAAACUGAGCUCGACAGAAGUCAGACAAAUCUCAGGCGACUGGAGGAAGAGCUGUCGCGACAGAAGAAGGAGCUCCUGCUCGCGUGCGAGGAGAGGGACAACCACCAGCUGGAUAAAGAGAUGCUCACCAACAGAUUGCGCCACCUGGAGGGGGCCGUGGAGGCGGGCAAGAACGGCCUCAACGAGAAGACCAGGGAGAUUCGGAUCCUGGAGGACAAGUUGAAGCGUUUCGAGCUGGAUCUGGAGGAGGAGAGGAGCAGCACGGAGAUGUUGACAGAGCGUGUGUCCAGAAGCAGAGACCAGAUUGAACAGCUGCGUGCUGAGCUCAUGCAGGAGCGCUCGGCCAAACAGGACCUGGAGCUGGACAAGAACUCCAUGGAGAGACAUCUGAAGGAAUUGAGGGGCCGUCUCGCCGACAUGGAGGGUCAGUCUCGCUCGUCGGCCGGGGCCUCUCAGCUGGAAAGCAAAAUCCAGGAGCUUGAGGAACAGCUUCGCACUGAGGACAGGGAGAAGAACUCUCUUUUGGCAAGCCAGCGCCGUCUGGAGAGGAAGCUUAAAGAGUUGAACAUGGUGAUGGACGAGGAGAGAGAAACGCACACCAGUCAGAAGGACCAGCUUACUCUAAAAGUGAAGGCCCUGAAGAGGCAGGUGGACGAGGGCGAGACCGAGUUGGAGAGGAUCGACACGCUGAGGAGGAAAGCUCAGCGAGACAUGGAGGAGCAGACGGAGCUGAAAGAAGCCUUGCAGGCGCGGGUCACCGCUUUGGAAACGGAAUUGAAACGCAAAACCACAGCCAGCAUGCGUCCCGCUUUGGAUUCAUCCGCUCUCAGCUCAGACGACGACGACAGCGUUUACGAAUCGUCCAUCAUCGCCGCCAUCCUCACCGAUAGCAACCUCCAGACCAGCGCCUGUUGAAAGCGGCGUAGCACACCUUUUAGACGAGUUGGCUGAGGCAGUCAUGGUACAGCUGGGAGUGUUAUUAAGGUUAGUGAGGUGAAUUGAAGGAAGCUCAACUUCCUCCAGGUGGUUUCCUUCUCAGUGUACAUGUGCAGGCAAUAUUAGGUACUGACUGAAAAUGAACCAGCUGGUGCUACAACCUUUCUAUGCAAUCCUUUUACAUAGUCACAGAAUAUAUCAUGC